GCCUCGUACAUCAACUCGCGUAGGUUGGAUAUUGUUGACCGUAACGACAUGUUAUUUGGCAUCCUAACUCUCGGCGUGUAAACAGGCUUUAUGGAAAUAGAUUGACGGGAAACCGAGUUACGAUCAUGGGUACCACAUAUUACUAUUUCCAGGAUAGGGAGACUCUAGAGAAGCUUUUCAAGCACAAGGCCCUAUCCAGCGCCAUAGAUAUGUAUGGCUUCAGAAACUCUAAAAUUCUUGGAGCUUCCAAGGAGUCGUCGACUGUUUACUCAGCUGACAACUCGGGCCCGUUCCCGCAGCCGCACCCGAACAGUAAUGUUCUCCCCCACAAUCGUGUUGAUCACAUCACCCACAGUCUCGCCUUUCGUGGCCUUACCGGCCCGGGAUUACAGCCAGCAACACGUCGGUUUGCAAAGGAAAUGCCCCGUAAGUUUGCAGAACAAGGUAUUACGGAAGACUGGACGGAAAUGGGCGACUUCGCUCAGUUCUUCAGACACAACCUCGGCCCUUCAGGUGUCCAAUGCAUCUUCGGGCCCACAAUGCUUCGCCUGAAUCCAACGUUUGUCCAGGAUAUCUUCGAAUUCGACAGGCUCUUUCCAAAAUUCGCCCCAGGGCUUCCUUACUUCAUGAUGCCGAAGAAUUAUGAUUUCAGGGAGCGACUCGCUUGUCAGUUCAAGACCUGGUAUCAGUACGCGAGGAAACACUUCGACCCUUCACUCAUCGAUGCUGACGGCGAUGGUGACCCGAUUUGGGGAUGCGCCAUGAUGCGUAGCCGUCAAGCUCUUCUCUUGAAGGCUGACAAGCAUGACGACGACGUUCUCUCUCAUCUCGACGUCGGAUUAUCUUGGGCUACCAUAGUGAAUGUGGUGGUGACCACGAUGUUUGCGGUCUACCAUAUCUUCCAAGACAAAGACCUCCUGGCUCGGGUUCGUCAUGAUCUCAAGGAGUAUCUCACUGGGCGAUCUGUGCAAGACGUCGAUCCGCAGAAGCUCGCUAGAGAUGUGCCACUUCUUUCGGCCAUUUAUGCAGAGUCAAUGCGUGUUUACAUCAAAGUGUACUCGGCAUACAGCUCGGCACACGAGGACAUCGAUCUGGGGAAAUGGGUUUUGCCCAAAGGUGCCUUGGCGUUGGUGAACUCGGAGCCCUCACACAUGGACAAGACAUUCUGGAAUACCAAGAACAACAUGUACCCGGUCGAGACGUUUUGGGCCGACCGAUUCAUGGUGAACCCAUCCGACCCGACCAGCGGGCCAGUCAAUCCAGAUAUCUGGGACCGGUCUAUGCGUUUCGAGAAGGCAGAUACUGGUGGGAAACCAUAUUUCUCCAUGGAGGGCUGUCAAGGCUCUUGGAUCCCUUAUGGAGGUGGCUUCUCCAUGUGUCCCGGUCGUUUCCUCGUGAAGUCCAUCAUUAUUCUCACAUGCGGGUUUUUGGCGAUGGAGUACGAUAUUGAGAUUCUCACCGACUCUAUCGAAUUUACCAACUAUCGGUAUGGCAUGGGAGUAGAAGAUAUGAAGCAUCCUCUUCCUUUCCGCAUUAGGAAGAGGGUUGUUGAGCGAACUAAAAUCGUGUAAAUUCUAUCUUAGCCUGUAUAGACAAACCCCUUGAAUAAGAACCCACCGCCGGAGCGAUGUACGGAACAUCUCACGACGGGAUGAGUAACUAAGCCUCCUGGACCUCCGGGCUCGGUCG